AUGGGAAUUUUUUUACAAUUUGUAAAAUUUUUAUAUUUUAGCGUAUUUUUUUCAAACCUUCCUCCACUUUUAAAAUGUGGACUUUCAAAGCCUACAAACACCAUCAUGCUGGAACUAGGCUCCCUUCCAGACAUGAACCAAAUGCUCCCAAACGAGGAAUCUCCAAACUUAUCUGAUUAUUCCGAGCCGCUAGUUGCAAAGAAGACGACUUUGGAAAACUUUCCAAACCCAUUCAUGAACCCUAUUGAGUGUAACAGGGUUAAUGUGCAAGAGUCAUACGUCUGUGACCCAGACAAACUAUUAAAUAACUCGGAAGCCGACCGUUUGGACGAACUGUUGAGCCUAGAAAGACUUAAUUCGAUCCAUCAUUGUGAGGGUUUUGGUGAUGUUCCCUACAAGAUAGGAGUGGCCCUGAUAAAUCGUAUUCCUAGAGAAGAUUUAAAUACUUUGGCAGAUGAGUUAUUGGAUCGCUGGAAGUUAAGUCACCAGAAGUGUGAGGACGGAAUCAUUAUUGUAUACACGAAGCAAGAACCUGAUGUUGUUAUUAAAUGGAAUAAAGGUGUUGAGCCUUAUUUAAGUACAAGAGUCGUGUCAUCAAUUUAUCCAAUGUGUCAAAAUCUGUUACAAAAUGAAAAAUUAUCUAUCGCAGUUGAGAAAUGUAUUAAAUCCUAUAUAAUUUCUAAUUCAUUUCAGGUACAUCGUUCGUUACAAAGCCUAAUUAGAGACGAGUGUGGUCGGAUUAGGGUUUUUGGCAAUCGUAGUAUCAGGUAUUUGGAUGCUAAUUUCAUGAUUAACAUUAGCCCUUUCCGGAUUGUAACUUUUUUCCCCGACUGCCGUACAUUAUCAAACGGUUUGGGAGUGGAAUCUCCACUUUUCGGUAAAAGGCUAAAUUUUACCCUUAAUUCAAGAAAUUUUGACAGUAAACUCAGUGAAAACAAAAGCUAUUUCUGUGACAAUAACAGAUUCUUUUCAAAAUUUGUAAAUUUUGGUGAAAGCGAAUAUGCUGGAAUUCCGGAACCUGGAACACUAACUAAAAUAUUUAAGGAAGAUAAAAUAACAAUAACAAACAAACAAAGUGAUAUUGAUGUAAACUAUUUAAUGUUGUUCAGAGCUGGAAAAUGCUACAAACAAGAGCUCAAGGUAGAGGAUUUCAUGCUUGACAUAUUCAUAGAAGACGAAAAAAACAUGAAAAGAAUCAAUUUUGAACAAUUUGGGGGAAACAAGCCCACGGACAUAAUAUCCCUUAGGGACGAUUUAUUGUAUUUAAAGUCAGACUUCCAUAAGAACAGGUCACCUUUAAAACCGCCCGAACACUACCAUUUGGGAGAAAUAUUCAUAUGUCCAGGUGUAAUUGAGUCUGAAAACAUGAUUAGGGGAGGAGUAGCAGCCAGGAUGAAGGGAAUUUCUGAUAUUAACAUAAGAAUGUGCUUUAUUAUGGCACAUGGCAUAUUACACUUAUUAGGGUACGACCAUGAAAAGGCAGAGUGGUUUAGAGAAAUGGCUGAAAUGGAAGACGCUCUUUUAGAUGAAUUUAUUAAAAUUUUGCCUAUUGACAACAUAGGAGUUGAUUCAUAA